CGAUUUCCUUGAAGCGGAGAGGAAAAGAGCAUGACUGCAUGUAUAUAGAAACAUUCGCAGUAUGUACCGCGCACUGAAGUGGAGCAUUUUCCCUCGUGUCACAAGUGUCAUGUAAUCAUACAGGCUUUAUCGUGAAGUUUGGACAAUUUUAAUAAUGUUUGUUCAUUGCUGUCAUUCAUAAACCACUUGUGCAGGACCUCUCUUCCACAGUGACAAUUAGGUUUUCUUUUAUAGUUAUGUUGCCUUUAGGAUUAUCAUCUCGCUGUUGAUUAUCCCUGCACUUGUCAUGUCAACGUUUUCUCAAGUUGCACUAACUUUCAUUACUGUUUUGGUGUCUGGAUUUCUCUUGCUUUUGGUUUGCAAGAAAGCAAGUUUGAAAGACGAUGCUAAAGAAGAUGUAGAAAUCGUUGAAGUAAUGCGCUCUUUAAAAACUUUUCAAAAUGAUGAAUAUGUGCUGCAAAGAAAAAGAGAAAGAGCAGCAGAAAACAUUUUGCUGUCCAGACUGGCAUGGCUCCCUAAAAACUUCACAGUGCCAAAUAUCUUUCUUCAACCCAACAAGCAAUCUGUCGUUAUGCAGGAUAUAAAGAAAGAUAAUCGAACACUCGUGUUUGUUCAUCAUCCACGAACAGCUGGAAAUCACGUGAUCAUGUGUCUGAACAACUUAUCUUACGCCAAAAAUAUGGCCAUGUCCCCGUUAAUGAAUUCGAAAAACAGGUUACUUUGGGACACGGGAAAUCCAAAUACAGUUUCAUUCCAAAACAGAAUAGACAUUCACAGAGGAACAUUUGCAUUUGGACUUUGCGAAAAAUUGCAACGUAAAUGUCGCUACUUUACUUUCUUUCGUGAUCCAUUUGAAAGUAUGGUUUCCUUGUAUAAUCACUGUUUAAAAAGUGGUACACAUGAAUUUUGCUUACAGGUUAAAUCUAAAUCACUUUGUCUUCGGGAUUGGAUUAUUGAGAAUGGGGGAUUGCUUUUGAACCAGUUUCUGUAUUCGUCUCAUCUUUGCUUCAGUCAUCAUUCAAAUUCUUCUGCAGAUGCUUCUAAAUACCCCUGUUGGCAUCGACAGAAUUUGGAAAAUGAUAAAUUAUCUGAUAACGAAAAAGGCCACGUUGCUAAUUAUAUAGCCCGUAAUCUUCGGCAAUGGUUCUCUGUAAUUGGAUUAUUCGAAAGAUUUGAGGAAUCUUUGUCAAUGUUUGAUUUUGCUCUUGGAGGACCUUUCAGACAAUGUUCAUCCAAGAGAAAAGUAAACUCCACGUUUGAAGAGGAAAUUCAAAAGACAAAUAAAGCUCAUUUAUUAUCUGAAGAUGACAGACAAAUUGAUUACAACGAAGAAUACGAAGAUGAGAUGGAUAUACUGAGAGAUGAUUUUUAUGUACAAAGAGCUCUUUCGCCCGCUUACACAAUUUAUGCGGAAGCUAAACGGAUAUUCAAGUUUCAAAGACAAAUAUUAUACAAUAAAUUAAACAAUGUUUAAUUUUA